CUCCCGUCCCAGGCCAGCCUCUGGACACAGGACCGGCACUUUCCCUCACCGGGCAGACGCCCCUCACCCGUCCCGCCCGGAGUGACUCACUGCUCCCCUGGCCCACAGCCACUGCUGUCUCCUGGCAGGAGGCAGGCGCAAGGUUGUGCAGAAGCUACGGGGUCUGGUGAGAGAGGGCCACUCAGCCAGGAGGGUCUGCGCACAGCAGCCGGACAGGCCCGCGCACAGAGGCUGGCCUGGGGACAGCAAGGCCCGUGGCUGGGACUUACAGUAGCCUCUGGGAGCCAGCGCCUCCCCCUCUCCCCUGGCUUUUAGGCCUUGUCUUUCUUCUUCCCACCAUGAAGAAGGAAGUGACCUGAGAGCCAGCAAAGACAGCCAGCCCCUGGCCGGGAGGAGACCAGGGUCGGAGGGCCGUGGCUGUGGGUCCCUCGGCCGCUGGCUUUCCCAACUAGCAAGGCAUGAAGGGUGGCAGCAGCGCCGUGUGGAGCCUUAUGUGGAAGUACUGCAUCUCCGUGAGAACCCUCAGCGUGGAGGGCGAGGCCCCCAGCAGCGAGACUGGCACGUCGCUGGACAGCCCGUCGGCCUACCACCAGGGCCCCCUAGCGCCCGCUUCUAGCCUGAGCCCCGACCGCUACGAGCACACAUCGGUGGGAGCCUAUGGGCUGUACUCGGGGCCACCGGGACAGCAGCAGCGCACACGGAGGCCCAAAUUGCAGCACUCCACCUCCAUCCUUCGCAAGCAGGCCGAGGAGGAGGCCAUCAAGCGCUCGCGGUCUCUCUCUGAGAGCUAUGAGCUCUCCUCCGACCUGCAGGACAAGCAGGUGGAGAUGCUAGAACGCAAGUAUGGGGGCCGCCUCGUGACCCGCCAUGCGGCCCGCACCAUCCAGACGGCCUUCCGCCAGUACCAGAUGAACAAGAACUUCGAGCGCCUGCGCAGCUCCAUGUCAGAGAACCGCAUGUCGCGCCGCAUCGUGCUGUCCAACAUGAGAAUGCAGUUCUCCUUCGAGGGCCCGGAGAAGGUGCACAGCUCCUACUUCGAGGGGAAGCAGGUCUCGGUGACUGAUGACGGCUCUCAGCUAGGGGCCCUCGUGCCAUCCGAGUGCGGCGACCUUGGCGAGCCACCCGCCCUCAAGUCUCCCGCCCCGUCCAGCGACUUCGCGGACGCCAUCACGGAGCUGGAGGACGCCUUCUCGCGGCAGGUGAAGUCACUGGCCGAGUCCAUCGACGACGCGCUCAACUGCCGCAGCCUGCACGCCGAGGAGGCGCCGGCCCCCGACGCGGGGCGGGCCCGGGACACCGAGCCCAAGCCUGCCCUGCACGGCGUGGACCACCACAAACUGGACGAGAUGACGGCCUCGUACAGCGACGUCACCCUGUACAUCGAUGAGGAGGAGCUGUCACCGCCCCUGCCCCUCUCGCAGGCGGGGCACCGGCCGCCCAGCACGGAGCCGGACCUGCGGCUGCGGGCCGGGGGUGCCGCGCAGGACUACUGGGCGCUGGCUCACAAGGACGACAAGGGGGACACGGACACAAGCUGCCGGAGCACACCGUCGCUCGAAAGGCAGGAGCGGCGGCUGCGGGUGGAGCACCUCCCACUGCUCACUGUCGAGCCGCCCAGCGACAGCUCCGUGGACCUCAGCGACCGCUCAGACCGCGGCUCGCUCAAGAGGCAGAGCGCCUACGAACGCAGCCUGGGCGGGCCGCAGGGCAGCCCCAAGCACGGCCCUCUGGGCGGUCCCCCCAAGAGCCUGCCCCGGGAGGAGCCAGAGUUGCGGCCCCGGCCCCCCCGGCCCCUGGACAGCCACCUGGCCAUCAACGGCUCGGCCAACAGGCAGAGCAAGUCGGAGUCCGACUACUCGGAUGGGGACAACGACAGCAUCAAUAGCACAUCCAAUUCUAACGACACCAUCAACUGCAGCUCCGAGUCGUCGUCCCGGGACAGCCUGCGGGAGCAGACGCUCAGCAAGCAGACCUACCACAAGGAGACCCGCAACAGCUGGGACUCACCUGCCUUCAGCAACGACGUCAUCCGCAAGAGGCAUUAUCGCAUUGGCCUCAAUCUCUUCAACAAGAAACCUGAGAAGGGCGUCCAGUACCUCAUCGAACGCGGCUUUGUGCCUGACACGCCAGUGGGGGUGGCACACUUCCUGCUGCAGCGCAAAGGCCUCAGCAGGCAGAUGAUCGGCGAGUUCCUGGGCAACCGGCAGAAACAGUUCAACCGAGACGUGCUCGACUGCGUGGUGGACGAGAUGGAUUUCUCCGCCAUGGAAUUAGAUGAAGCCCUCAGGAAGUUCCAGGCACACAUCCGGGUCCAAGGGGAGGCUCAGAAGGUGGAGCGGCUCAUCGAGGCAUUCAGCCAGCGGUACUGCAUCUGCAACCCCGGGGUGGUUCGGCAGUUCCGGAACCCAGACACCAUUUUCAUCCUGGCGUUCGCCGUCAUCCUGCUCAACACCGACAUGUACAGCCCCAGCGUCAAACCUGAGAGGAAGAUGAAGCUGGAGGACUUCGUCAAGAACCUGCGAGGGGUGGACGACGGUGAGGACAUUCCCCGGGAGAUGCUGAUCGGGAUCUACGAGCGCAUUCGCAAGCGGGAGCUGAAGACCAAUGAGGACCACGUGUCCCAGGUCCAGAAGGUGGAGAAGCUCAUCGUGGGGAAGAAGCCGAUUGGAUCCCUGCAUCACGGGCUUGGCUGUGUACUCUCUCUGCCCCACCGGAGGCUGGUCUGCUACUGCCGGCUCUUUGAGGUUCCAGACCCAAAUAAGCCCCAGAAACUCGGACUGCACCAGCGAGAAAUCUUCCUGUUUAACGACCUCCUGGUGGUUACCAAGAUCUUCCAGAAAAAGAAGAACUCCGUGACGUACAGCUUCCGACAGUCCUUCUCCCUGUACGGCAUGCAGGUCCUGCUCUUCGAGAACCAGUACUACCCCAAUGGCAUCCGGCUCACAUCUGCUGUCCCCGGAGCAGACAUCAAAGUGUUAAUAAACUUUAACGCUCCCAACCCACAAGACCGGAAGAAGUUCACCGAUGAUCUGCGGGAGUCCAUUGCGGAAGUGCAGGAGAUGGAGAAGCACAGGAUAGAGUCUGAGCUUGAGAAGCAGAAGGGCGUCGUGCGGCCCAGCAUGUCCCAGUGCUCCAGCCUCAAAAAGGAGUCGGGCAACGGGACGCUGAGCCGGGCCUGCCUGGACGACAGCUACGCGGGUGGUGAGGGCCUCAAGCGCAGCGCCCUCAGCAGCUCCCUGAGGGACCUCUCGGAAGCGGGGAAGCGAGGGCGUCGCAGCAGUGCGGGAUCGCUAGAGAGCAAUGUGGAAGGGUCCAUCAUUAGCAGUCCUCACAUGCGCCGGAGAGCUGCAUCAACACGAGAGUGUCCAUCUCGCCCACACCAGACUAUGCCUAAUUCAUCCUCCCUCCUGGGCUCCUUAUUUGGGAGUAAGAGAGGGAAACCCCCUCCCCAGGCCCACCCGCCCCCCUACCACCACCACCACCACUACCAUCCCCCCCAGCACAUGCAGCACGCACACCAGUACCACCACGGCCCCCACGGGGGGCACCCGCCCUACGGGGCCCAUGUGCACAGCCACCCACCGCUGCCCUCGGCCCAUGCCGGCCACCCGAGCCACCCGGGCCAUGCAGCGCACCACCAUGGGCAGCCCCCCGCCCCACCGCCCCCCACCAGCAGCAAGGCCAAACCCAGCGUCAUCAGCACAAUUGUGUAGACAGCCUGGGCAGGGUCCCAGACUCCCUGGAACAACUGCACACCACACAGAGUCAUGCCCAGGGGCGGCCAGCCUCAGACCAGACCCAGGGCACUUCUGUUUCCACCUCUCCCCUCUACUCCCCACGGCCUGGAUGGAGCCCCCUGAGCCCACGAGGCUUGCGUUGUAGGGAACAAAGCUCCUGAUCGCACUUAGCGUGGGUGUCCCGGGUUCCAUCCACUUCAACCCCAGGGGUGGGCCUCGGCCACCAUCAGCCUUGAAAACGGUGCCCCCGGCCACGUAGAUGUUGAACUGCCCCCCACCCCAAAGCAGCCCUCAGCUGCUCCCUAAUUGUACACGCAUAUGAAAACCCAGCCUAGGAAAAGAAGAAACGAGACACAAAAACCAGAGACAGAACAAAACAAAACAAAAAAGACCCCCAAACUUGCUGCAUUUAUUGCUCUUUUAUUGACAAUGGGCAAAAAAUUAAGUAGACCUGAUAUGGUUGAUGAAAAUAACGUAAGUAAACUUUAUAUAAUAUAAAUAUAUAAAUAUAUAAAUAUAUAUAUAUAUACUGUAUAGGUAGUAUUUGUGUGUGAAAGGAAACGUCUCAGUCCACAAAAUUAGCAAUAUAGACUUUACAAGGAGCUCCACUUAUCUGAUAGGAAGACAGUACCUUACGUGAAUGUGUGAGAGAGAGUAAACCAAAAACAUGAAUGCUAGGAACAAAUUCAGAUACUUCCAUAUUUUCAUAAAAAGAGAAGUCCCUCCAGGACUGGCUAAAAUCUUUACGCGAUCAUUACUAACUGUGCCAAGUAACAUAGCAUCUAACUGUUUAAAAAGUCCAAUAUCGCUUUGUAUAAAUCCUUAUUUUAUUAACAGAGAACUAUCAUAAGUACUCAGUAUUAUAACUGCUCUGUUAUUUCAGGUAAGCAAAUAGGUAAAACUGCAGUGAACUCUACAGUAGCAACUCGGGACAACUAGUUAGGAACUGGUUGUCUGAGGGUAUUGGUUACACAGAUUCUUAGACACUUUAAUGGCUGCGAUAACUGUGAAUUUCCAUGAUCCAUAUUUCUUUUAUAUGCAUAUGAUUUAAUGCACACUCAUUCAGAGUCCUCCGAGGGGGGGGGCACCCAUCCACGGCAGAAGUGUUCAUCUCCAACAUGAAAACGGCCAGCUCCCAUCCUCGUCUCCCCAACACCAUAACUUAAUCAUCCUGUCUCCAACCGCAACAGGCACAAGCCCCGGAGCGAGUUUCCAGCCGGGAACCGCUCUGAGCCCGAAGGCUGAUUCUAGCAUGUAGAAACCCAGGGCGGUGUGUGUGUUUCCCAUUUUGUUUUCUGAGUGGUAGCCGUGAUCGUGAUUCCAUGUGGUCAUGUGCUAGCCCAACCCCCCGUGUCAUCACCGUGGCCCCUCUGACCCCGGCCGACAAGUGCCGGCCCUCGCCAGCGAAGCCCCCGCUGCCUUCUCAUGGUCCAGUUAGCUGCCAGGGCAUCACAUGACUCUCAGCUGUGCUCUUGUCGCUUCCGUGUUGUGGUGACACCAUCUGCUCCCCCGGGCCUGGGCGCCGCACGCGUCCGGUUCUGUGACCGAGUCACCCACGGGCCGUACUUUGUAGUUUCAGCCUUUCGAGUCACUGCAGCCGCCAGUGCUGUGCUCCUAAGCCGUGGGACCCGAGGACUGCCCCACGGCCCCUGCCCCGGCGGAGAGCCCUUUCAGAAAGGGCGAAGCUAGUGCGGGACUCUGCGGGCCGCGGGCUCCGCGCUCCGUGGAUGGCGUGGCGCGCCGUGGCCAGACGGCAGGACGACCGAGGGGAGCCCACCUGGCCGGCCAGCCGGGGGAGGGGUCCUGCCCAUUUCCCUCCCCACCCACCCCUUUGUCAUAUCAUCAAGGCCACCAUACCAGCAAAUCUGCAAACCGAGCACUUUGUUAAUCUCCACAGAAAGCAAAUACAGCAAUCUAGAGUUAGCCUUUUUUUUUUUUUUUUUUUGGAAGAAGUGUGACUUUAACCUGCCCACCUUUAUCUUCCCAUCGGUGUCGUGUUUCUCUCCCGGGCAUCUGCCUGGAAGGAGAGAAGUAAAGAGCACGGGUGUGUCUGAUUUGGUCCAGGCCAGGCUGGCGGGAGGCUCCCCGCUCCCGCUGGCUCCUAAAUUCUUUGGUUUUCCUGCAGAGUCAGGCUCCCCGAGGCAUUCUCUGUCUUGCAGUUUAAAGGAUGUUGUUCUGACUAGGAAAAGUCGAGUUGUACUGCAUGCCACCCGGCGUCAGUCGUGCAAGGCCACACUCUAUGUAUUGUGUAUUUGCAAACUAUAUCAGUGUUACUAUUGACAAAUAGUUGAAGUAAAGUGAUAACAUAUGAAAUAUGUCGGCUUUUCUUCACCCUCUGAACCAAUAGUAGAGUCUAACUGUAAACUCGAGGUUGUUCCAGAAAAGAUACAGGCUGUUUGGCACCAGAUUGCCCUUUCCGAAGGGACGACCACUCAUGAAAAAGAACAGGUGGCAAAGCCAGUGAUGGCGGUGGCGGGGGGAGGGGGGGGCUCCAUCGCCGUCCUUCAUGCUCCACAGGCCGUUCAGAACCCUCCCCUCCAAAGCUGCCUUCUGUGUGUCUUGAAGCUUUGUUGGGGUGUCACAAGGCCGGAUCUAGCGAAAGGGGGCUUCUUGAACAAAUUCUGUUUCUCCCCAUGUUUCCAACUUCACACUGUGUCGGGCUCAGGUCAGUGGGGUUGCCUCACUCUUUGUGUUGUAGUUACAAACUUAUCAUGGGAAGUGCUUCCAGAAGGUACCUUGUUCUAUUAAGGAGGCUAGAGCCACGCUGCCCAAGUCUCGUUUGGGCAGCAAAAGCUUCUGACAAAUUGCUAUGCGCCCCCCUCCCUAGUGUUGCUUUCACGGAACUGUUCUUUCUAGACCCCAGCCUGCCACAGAGUCGCAGCUGUGGGGGCCUGUCGUCCACCCCCCAACCCGGGACAGGUGGCGGGAGGCUGAGCACUGCAGGCUGUGUGUGUCAUCCUUUGCCACUGUCAGGACACACUUGGGACGUUUUUCUCAAGUCGCACAAAUUGUUCCAAUCAAACAACAAUUUCUGACAGGAUCAGGAGACCCGUAGCGGAAGCGGCUGAUAGCAUCACAAAAAUCUUUUCUGGGACAACAAUUAAAUCAUGUAUUUGUAUUUUUUUUAAGUUUACAAAUGAAUUGUACAACAAUGUAAAAAUAAAGUUCAUCCUAAUAUGAUGUGCACAUCUUGCUUAAAAAUGUCUUCAGUCUCAGUGUAGAGCGAUUUUUCCAUCCCGCGCUGCAUGCGGCAGAAGCCUCUUGUCUUCCUUUAAAAUGAGCUGCCAAAACAGUCAGCAGAUACUUAAACAUGACCCUAGGUGUCGACUCAGCCUUCCGUACGAAGCUGUGUCUGCAGAGGUAAGCAUGCAUCUUACGGUUCCGUUGUAAAAUGUCAUUACCCUUCCUGCCCGGAAACGGAGCGAUUCUGUAACCACAAUAACCAAGGAAACCGAUGGCGAAGCAGAUCGGUGUGAAGUGGGGGUGGUGAAAAGGGACAGGCGGGAGGAGCCAUGUACCCCUUACCCGGCGGGCGCGCACCUUAGCGUCACGGCGGCCACAUCGAGGUCCCACACGGGACCGUCUCCUCCUGGGAACUGUCGUUCACCUUCUAGUUGUUUUAAACGAUUAGCAUCAGGUCUUGAAUGCAGACCGUUCACAGACGUCGAGAGACACCUCGCUCCCAAGAGGCCCGGCACCCGCACCCGCUGUGUAACUUUGGGCAGGAAAGGGGUGCUUUUCUGUUUGUGAGUAGUAACAGACUCUGUUGAUGUAAAACCAUAGCUGUGAUCAUGUGGAGAAAUCAAAUAAAUCCUUUAAAACUC